GGGGCUCGUGCCUUCACGCACAACCCCCCCCAACUCUCUGUGUCCUCUUCUCCCAACCCAGAUCUGCGUCAGCAAAUGCCCGGACCGGUACCUGACGUACCUGGGUGCUUACAGCUCCCGCGCGCCCGGUGAGCUGGAGUAUUACCGGCAGUUCUGCGUCCCCGAGUUCAAAAACCCACAGAAGGCUCCCAUCGAGGUGCUGAAGGACAAGGAGUGCCCAGCCAUGAUCAUCCCCAGCACCCCACUGGCGCGGCGAUGCUUCCCGGCCAUCCGGGCCAAGAAGGGCGUCAUCAUGGUCGGCAACGAGACCACCUACGACGACGGCCGCGGGCGCCGGAGGAACGUCACCGAGCUGCUGGAAGGGGCCAAAAAAGCAAACGUGGUUCUGGAAACCAGGCAACUGGCCAUGAAGAUCUUUGAAGAUUACACGGUUUCCUGGUACUGGAUAAUAAUAGGCCUCGUUAUCGCCAUGGUGGCCAGCCUCAUCUUCAUCGUUCUGCUCCGCUUCCUGGCCGGGAUCAUGGUCUGGGUGAUGAUCGUGAUGGUGAUUCUGGUGCUGGGCUACGGAAUCUUCCACUGCUACCUGGAAUAUGCAAAACUAAAAGGAGAAGCGGGUUCUGACGUCUCCCUGAAGGACCUGGGAUUCCAGACUGACCUACGUGUCUACCUCCACCUGCGGCAGACGUGGCUGGCGUUCAUGAUCAUCCUGUGCAUCGUGGAGGUGGUGAUCAUCCUGCUCCUCAUCUUCCUCCGCAAGAGGAUCCUCAUCGCCAUUGCGCUCAUCAAGGAGGCCAGCAGGGCUAUUGGCCACAUCAUGAUGUCACUGCUCUUCCCCUUGUGCACCUUCUUCCUGCUCUGCCUCUGCAUCGCCUACUGGGCCAGCACUGCUGUUUUCCUCUCCACCUCCAACGAGGCGAUCUACAAGGUGUUCAACGAGACCGCGUGCCAGUUUUCUGGGCAGACCUGCAAACCAGAGACCUUCAACACGAGCAAUGUCACCAAGCUGUGCCCCGACGCCCAGUGCCUCUUCGCGUUCUACGGGGGCGAGACGGCGUACCACAAGUACCUCAUCGUCCUCCAGUUCUUCAACGUCUUCAUGUUCUUCUGGCUUGCCAACUUCGUGAUUGCGCUGGGCCAGGUGACGCUGGCGGGGGCCUUCGCUUCGUACUACUGGGCCUUCAAGAAACCCGACGACAUGCCCGCCUUCCCCCUGUUCUCCGCCUUUGGCCGCGCGCUCCGGUACCACACCGGCUCGCUCGCCUUCGGCUCCCUGAUCCUGGCCAUCGUCCAAGUCAUCAGGGUCACUCUGGAGUACCUAGACCACAGGUUAAAAGCUGCAGAUAAUAAGUUUGCCAAGUUCCUCCUGAGCUGCCUGAAGUGCUGCUUCUGGUGCCUGGAAAAAUUCAUCAAAUUCCUCAACAGAAACGCGUACAUCAUGAUAGCCAUCUACGGCACCAACUUCUGCACCUCGGCCAGGAACGCGUUCUUCCUGCUGAUGAGGAACAUCAUCAGGGUGGCUGUUUUAGAUAAAGUCACAGAUUUCCUGUUCUUCCUCGGUAAACUCCUCAUCGUGGGGAGUGUCGGAAUCCUUGCCUUCUUUUUCUUCACCCAGCGGAUCAAGCUGGUCCAAGACACUGCACCACCCCUGAACUACUACUGGGUCCCUAUUCUGACGGUGAUCGUGGGCUCCUACCUCAUCGCCCACGGGUUCUUCAGCGUCUACGGCAUGUGCGUGGACACUCUCUUCCUCUGCUUCUUGGAAGAUCUGGAGCGCAACGACGGUUCGGCCGAAAAGCCUUAUUUUAUGUCGCCCGACCUGAAAAAGCUCCUGAAGAAGACGAACAAAGGUCAGCCAGACGCCUAGAACCUGCCCUCGUCCUUCCCGCGCCGCCUCUUCCCGGUCCCGCUCCGGGAGCGGAGCUGCAGGAUAACCCCCAGCGAGUGGAAAUCGCGUUAAGGAACCUUGAGCCGCUGUCUCCUUUACCCCCCGCAGCGGGUGAGCAGCAGAAAGGGGGUUUGCUAACGAGAGGAACGGGUUAUUGUUAAUGAUUCAACCUGAAAUCCUCGGGGUUGCUAAACGAAGAGCGCUCCGGCCCGUCUGAGCUCGCAGCCAACGUCCCGCCGCUCCCCGGCCACCUCAAAUUUGGCAAUUCCUGGCCAAAUCCUGCCAGGGCGGGCGCUGAGAAAAGCAGCGGGGAAGUAUCUCUGACGCAGGGCAAAGUUCUGUCUUCCAGGGUGUCAACUGACACCAAAAUGAGCUUAAUUGGAUUUAGCGGUUCGAUUUUAUCCCGGUAAAAAUGAUGGCAAAUGAGCGGGUGGGUUCAAGCAGCUCCUCAACUUGGUUUUUAUUUGCAGCCCCCCGCCCCAAAUAUUUCAUUGCAGUUGUUGAUUCUCACCCAGAGAGCUGAAAUCACCUUGCUGCCCUUUGGAGACGCCUUAGGGCCCUGCUUGGGGGUUGUGCUGAGCAUUAAUCAGACAAUUAAUUCUUUUAGGAAUGUGCCAGUUAGUGUUCUUGUAGCUGCCUGCGAAGGGUGAUGGUGGAGGGAAACGGGGGGCUAACAAGCGGGACUUGGGCCUUGGGGUGUC